AUCGUGAUUCAAUAAAUAGUUUCCUUGGCCCCUGAAAAAUGGAAUCCCGAUAGAUCCCAAAGUGUUAUUUCCGUUAACCGAAUUCGGACGGUAAAAAGAGUAAUUCGAACGUUUUCGGUUUAAAGAAUUUUUUCAGUUUGUUGUGACGUUUCCGGUUUCGGACAUGUCAUUUCUAUCGGUCCGUGUAGAAAUGACCGGGUACAACACCAUAAUGGCGAUGUGCACGAAACUCGCAUAAAAACGUUAUUCGCUAUGACAUUAUAUUCUAUUUAGGGUUUAGUUGAAAAAAUUUUUUCGAAAACAACAAAAAAAUUAAUUCCCUAAAACUGUGAAUCAUAACGGGAGAAUAUAAACGGAGAGAAGAAAUAAUAGAAAAAAGGCGAUCUCUCUCUCACGAUUUUAUCGAAGAGAGGAGCCCUAUUACCGGAUAAAUAAUACUUUUGGGGAGUGUAAUGAACGAAAGGGAUUUUCAAAAACGGUGUGCAAAUCAUUUGCAAAAAUACUGUGAUACUAAACAAAAAAUGUGAUACUUAAUCUAAUGUGGCUUUACGUUGCGUUACGCGAACUGUUUUUAGUGAAUUAAGUCAUCCAUACGCGACGUUUCGUUUUCUUUAAAGCAGUGCGACAACAAGACGUAGUACCUAAACAACCCAAACCGAUGAUGGAGCAGAAGAAGAAUUCGAAACGCCAUGGAGCCGGAGGAGGCGGCGAAACCCAUUCGUCGAGGCAUUCGAUGAAUUCCAAUUCGGGCGUGCUGAUGGUUGGACCAAAUUUUCGCGUUGGUAAGAAGAUCGGAUGCGGUAACUUCGGCGAACUAAGGCUGGGUAAAAAUCUUUACAACAAUGAGCACGUAGCGAUUAAAAUGGAACCGAUGAAGUCGAAGGCUCCGCAAUUGCAUUUAGAGUAUCGUUUUUAUAAGUUAUUGGGAUCUCACGAAGGAAUACCGGAGGUAUAUUAUUUCGGACCCUGCGGAAAGUUCAAUGCACUUGUAAUGGAAUUAUUAGGACCUAGUCUAGAGGAUCUGUUCGACCUUUGCGACAGACGCUUCUCGCUAAAGACUGUGCUAAUGAUAGCGACGCAGCUACUGCAUAGAAUCGAGUACGUCCACGGACGGCAUCUAAUUUACCGCGAUGUUAAGCCGGAAAAUUUUUUGAUCGGUCGCAGCUCGACGAAUCGCGAGAAAAUCAUUCACAUUAUCGAUUUUGGCCUCGCGAAAGAGUACAUAGAAUUAGAAACAAACAAACACAUACCGUAUAGAGAACACAAGAGCUUAACGGGCACCGCACGUUACAUGUCGAUAAAUACGCAUCUUGGUAAAGAACAAUCACGAAGGGACGACCUCGAAGCCUUGGGACACAUGUUCAUGUAUUUCCUAAGAGGUUCGUUGCCUUGGCAAGGCCUUAAAGCGGACACCUUAAAGGAACGUUACCAGAAAAUUGGGGAUACGAAACGUGCAACGCCAAUCGAUGUUCUAUGCGACGGUCAUCCGGAUGAAAUGGCACAGUAUCUCCGCUAUGUUCGUCGGCUUGAUUUCUUCGAAACGCCGGAUUAUGAAUAUUUACGUAGACUGUUUACCGAUCUCUUUGAACGAAGCGGUUUCGUCGAUGACGGAGAAUUUGACUGGACAGGAAAAACUAUGAGUACCCCAGUAGGUUCUUUACAAACAACAGGUCACGAGGUUGUAGUAUCACCAAACAGAGAGCGUCAUAUACCUAAUAAGAAUCCUCCAAAGUCGAACGCAUGGCCAGAAGCAUCCAAACAAAGUACAUUGGGUAAUUUAACACCAGCGGAUAGACACGGAUCGGUUCAAGUUGUUAGUUCAACGAAUGGUGAAUUAAACGCGGAUGAUCCAACUGCCGGACAAAGUAACACGCCGAUAACGCAACAACAAGAAAUUGAAUUAUUGGAUGAAACAAAUUGGGAUUUGGAUUGUUGUUGUUGUUUCAGGUGUUGCUGCUUCUUUAAACGGAAGAAGAAAAAAGGGGUUAGAACAAAAUGACUACAAUACAGCGAGACGGAUCAACACCUCACGCUAUUACCAUGCGGUCACAGUAAUGCUGCUACACUCAAUUGACUCUUGUUUAAUUAAAUGAAACAAACAAAUUUUGAAACAAAAAAAGAGAAAGAAAAAAAAUAUGGUAAAAUUAAAAAA